GUUCACGUCCUCAUCGUCGGAACAUUUCUUGGUGAUAUGCCUCCAGGCGCAAGGAACUCGUUCAGCACCACAGACGUUGACCUCCUUGUGAAAUAUCUCGCUGAAUUAUCAGAAAAUGAACGACGGAAAGGAAAUCGUGCAUAUCAGCGACUUACGGAGAACGCUACUGGUCAAUGGCCUUGGAGUACUCGACACACUUGGCAAUCCUGGAGACAUCGAUACAUGAGAAACGAGGGUGAUAUGGAACGCAGGAUUCGCGUAUACAAGCGAAGACAGGCGAAAGCAGCGGGUAACUCGCAGGAACCUUCAGGGGAUACUACCGAAGAAGAAGAACCAGAGCCCAAUGCCCUACGAACUUUAAAACGCAAGGUAACUCCCGUAGCUGAAAGCAGGACACAAGUGAAGCGUCUGAAGAAAGAGGAGGUUCACUCUUCCCUCCUCGCGAACAAUGGUUUUGUGCGAGUCAGUCAACUUGUUCGGAGACGUCCAGCCGUUGCUGGAGACAAGGGCGAAGGGCCCAGUCGUAUCGCCGGGCCGUCUACAAUGCAACCUAAACCCCAGCCCAUCAUAAACAAACCAAAGACUCCAACAAUACUUCAGAAACCAAAAGCGUCACCUCGUCCUCAAAAAAAAGUCGCCCCUGAGGAACAAAUCAUGGUUUAUCCUAAUCUUCCUGCUUCGGACGACUACAGCGGACAACAGUUCGAAGCAAAGGUUGACCUGAAGACUCCAACAAUACCUCAGAAGCCACACGCAUCACCUCAUCGUUCCCAGAAGAAAGUCGUGCCAGAGGAACAAAUCAUGAUUCAUCCUGAUCUUCCUGCUUCGGACGACUACAGUGGACAACUAUUCGAAGGCGGCUCGGAUGCUGAAAUGCAGCUUGAUCCUGAGGCGGGCCAAGAGGAUGACAACGACGAUAUGGAGGUCAACCAUAUAUUGACAGAUCCUGUUGAGCCGGAUAGUGAUAAGACAAACGCGUACGCUUCGACUUUCUUCCCCCAUACAUUGAUCCUUAUACCUUCUACUUUCUACAGCACACACUCGUAUCUGACACCUCGUUCCAAGAAACAGCCUACAGCCGGCACCUCUACGUCCGACCGCAAUCGCGUUCCACGAGGCAGCUCCGAUGGCAUGACAACCACCGCAGACUCUGGCUUUUUCGAAUCUACAACUCCUCCUCCUCCUUUUCCUCGUCAUAUUACAAACCCCUCAAACAACAUCUUCGAUGGCUUCUCUGAUACAGAUUCUCCUCCUCGACCGCUGAAAGCACGACCUGUUCCCAAGUUGAUCGAAGGUCCCUUUGGCGGGGCGCGCCAUAAGCACCCUGUCCGCCGCAUAGUAUUUAGUAGCCCGGAAUCGGAUUCAAUAAAGACACCUGUGAAGGGGGCGUGGCCUCCUGUGCGAGGAACGAAACGGAAGCUACCAAUAACACCUGAGGUUAACAUAACUGCUCCGCUAUCCUCCUCAAAAAGUGGACAUGUUCCAAGUUCAUCGCGUCCCUCGGGAUCUUCAAAAUUUUCGCCUCCGUUACCAUCUACGAGGUCUCCUUUGAUACAACUCUCACGGAAAGGGAAGGAACAUCAACUCGUUGCGGAAGAUGAGAAUCAGCCGUCAGGAUCCAAUCCCCGUGUAUCAGAGCAGAGUGCAAGGCAAGAUGAUGAACUACAAGAAGAGGAAGAAAAAGAGCCGUUAUUCACACAGCGAAUACCAUCUCGUGAUGCUGACAGUCACGAAGAUGAGGAAGAAGAGCCGUUGUUUAUACAGCGAAUACCAUCUCGUGAGGCUGACGAUUACGAAGAGGAGGAAGAAGAGCCGUUGUUUACACAGCGAAUACCAUCUCGUGAGGCUGACAAUUACGAAGAGGAGGAAGAAGAGCCGCUGUUUACACAGCGAAUACCAUCUCGUGAGGCUGACAAUUACGAAGAGGAGGAAGAAGAGCCGUUGUUUACACAGCGAAUACCAUCUCGUGAGGCUGACAAUUACGAAGAGGAGGAAGAGGAGCUGUUGUUUACACAGCGAAAUCCAUCUCGUAAGGCUGACACUCAGGAAGGGGAUGAGGAAGAGGAGCCGUUGUUUACACAGCGAAUACCAUAUCGUGAGGCUGACACUCAGGAAGGGGAUGAGGAAGAGGAGCCGUUGUUUACACAGCGAAUACCAUAUCGUGAGGCUGACAGUCACGAAGAGGAGGAAGAGGAGCCGUUGUUUACACAGCGAAUACCAUCUCGUAAGGCUGAUAGUCAGGAAGAGGAGGAGGAAGAGGAGCCGUUAUUUACACAGCGAAUACCAUCUCGUAAGGCUGAUACUCAGGAAGAGGAGGAAGAAGAAGAGCCGUUGUUGACACAAAAAAUGCCACGUGAGGGUGAAAGUGAUAGUCAGGAAGAGGAGGGAGAUCGAUCAGAGGAGGAGAGAGAAGGAAAAUACCUGAAAAUCGAUGACACAGACAUAGCCAUUUCACAAAACCAGGAAGUGUCGCAUACAGACGACGAAGAACCGCUUUUUACACAAAUCCCGCCGAGAUCCCCGUCUUGCGAAGUUACAACAGAACCUGCAUUCUUUUCACCUCCACCGCGUGCUUCCCAUGCAUCGCAUCCUCCACGUUCUUCACAUGCUUCACACGUAUACCCGAUACUACAUCCAUUUGACAUCCCUGAGCUACAGUAUCAUACCCCCAACCGUUUACUCCGAACAAUACAUCCAUUCGACAUGCCCGAUAUUCAACAUCCUCAAUCACAUCCCUCUGUUCCUCUUGCCAUAGGAACCCCACAGUCUAAUCGCUCAGACGAUAUCGCACGUCCAUCAGUGAGCAACGAGACUGCGGAAUCAGUUGUCAGAGCCCUAAAUGCGUUCAUAUUGGAGAUGGAUCGGAGUCGGAAGACAAUUGAGCGGGAUAGACUAACUCGGGCUGAAAGAGCUAAGAAGGAGGCUGAGAGGAUGGCAACCCAGGAUCUGACCUCUUCAGAACAAUCGCUCAACGGGGCUGGGGUCGCAGUUUCUGAGAUUUCGAGAGAGAAGGUCAAAGAGAGUGUCGUCCGCGCCAGGGGGUCUCCGGUGCCGAUGGGCGCGAAGAAACAACAAGUCGAUAGACGGCGUUCAGAUAGCGUCGUACUUCCUCAUGAUCAUCCGUUUCUCGAUGGUAGAACUCCCGAUGCUCAUUCCUACAAUGAUAGCUCAGCAAAGAAGAAUCUAGGUAAAUUAGCUGCGAAUGAAUUUCCUGUUCAAAUUGCCAGACCAUCAGCUCAGUCCGAACCCACAGCGUCCGGCUCUGGGUUGAAACUCGCCAUCCGGAAUGCCGACAUUGAUCCGAACGUGGUCCGUGACUCCGCAAAUAGUCAUUCCUCGUCUUUCAGAGAUCCUGGUCAGAGUACUUCGAGGAAUAAAGGGAAAAACAGGGUCAUCGAGGAAAUAGAAGUGAAAAGCUCCAAUCACCGAGACUCCACUCCGAGUACGGCUUCCACUGUGCGUUCAAAACAAAUCGACCUUCGUCAAUUAGAGCGUGCACAGUCCCGGAGGAGGAGCUCGUUACCUACCGCUGGCCGUAAUACUAGUGGCCCUGUAUCCGGAUUUUCCGCAUCAUCCCCUGCUGCCCCAACUAUCAGCAUUACUCCUACCACUGGUAGACCAUUCUUGAGCGCGAGCUUCUCGAAUUCUCGCAGAGUGGCGCAUUCACCACCACCGCAUUCACCACUCAAACUCUCCAGCUCCGAUCAAUCUCGACUCAUCGACCAAACGAUCCAAGAUAUGGCGGAGGAAUAUCAAUUCCCCCCGGAUUAUGUCCGCCGCGUUUGGAAGCAAACUGGUGAUCUGAACGAGGCUGCAGCCAUUUUGCGUAAAUUAAGAGAUAUGGCUGGUACUCUAUUGAGAAAAGCUAGUGCGCGGCGAUCUUCCGGUUUCGGAGCAGCUUCAGACAAUGAACGAAGCCGAGGCGUUCCUCCAGAGUCAAUACCUGCUACUGACAUCAACACCUAUUCGCGGGACCGGUUCAGAAGUCCUAAUCGUUUUCAUCAUCCUGACAGCAGCAGGUUCAGAAUUGGUGGGAUCCCUCGGAAACGUAUCAGAUCCUCUUUUGGAAACCGCCGCGAAGUCUUUCUCCCAAAAAUGUUGGAUGGGCCUUUACCUGAGGUUGGGUAUAGCCCCCCGACACAUUCGCGGGCAGGACAAAUUGCUUUACUCUCACAGCAAGGAAGGGCGAAAGAGGCUAUAGAGAGAGAUCAGCGACGGGCUACAGGACGUGGAGAGGUUUUCGUUGUGCACCCGCUUGAUUGA